CAUAUAACUAUCAUUGCCCAUUAAUCUCAUAUUUGUAGCAUUAUUUGCUUUCUAAUUAAGCCAUGAAGAGUUCAAGCAAAUACCAUCAAACCCAAUAUUGUUUGUUUGUAACAUUUUUAGUGUUAUUUGUUGUUGUAAAAUCCCAACUAACUCCAAAUUUCUACGCAACAUCAUGUCCUAAACUUCUUCAAAUUGUGCGCAAAGAGGUUCAAAACGCUAUUAAGACUGAAAUGCGAAUGGCAGCCUCUUUGCUCCGACUUCAUUUUCAUGAUUGCUUUGUUAAUGGUUGUGAUGGGUCAUUGUUGCUAGAUGGAAGUGAUAGCGAGAAAUUAUCGUUGGCUAAUAGAAACUCAGCAAGAGGAUUUGAAGUGGUGGAUGCAAUCAAAACAGCAGUGGAAAAUCAGUGCAGUGGAGUUGUAUCUUGUGCUGAUAUUCUCACCAUAGCUGCUAGGGAUUCUGUUCUUUUGAGCGGAGGACCAACAUGGAAAGUUCCGCUAGGAAGAAGAGAUGGGGUGACUGCUAAUAUAACAGAGGCAGAUAAUUCGUUGCCUUCCCCAUUUGAAGGACUUGAUCAAAUUAUUGCUAAAUUUGUUGCUGUAGGCCUAAACAUUACCGAUGUUGUCUCUUUAUCAGGCGGACAUACAAUUGGCCUAGCCAAAUGUGCAACAUUCAGCAACAGGUUAUCCAACUUCUCAGGAAGUGGUGCUCCAGAUGCUACAUUAGACUCAACUUUGCUAUCUGAUCUUCGAAAUCUUUGCCCAGCAAAUGGAGAUGGCAACAUUACAGCACCUCUUGAUCGUAACUCUAUCGAUCUUUUCGACAAUCAUUAUUUUCAGAAUCUGCAAAAUAAUAAAGGCCUUCUCGGGUCGGACCAAAUUCUAUUUUCGAGCGAUGAGUCUGUUACCACCACCAAAUCUAUUGUUCAAAGUUACAGCACCAACUCCAAGCUUUUCUUUGAUGACUUUGCUAAUUCCAUGAUCAAAAUGGGCAAUAUCCGUCCGCUUACCGGAUCUGCCGGACAAAUUAGGAAGAACUGCAGAGUGGUUAAUUCUUAAAUGAGAGAGGAGUCACUCCGUCCUACAAACUUAUAUCAUCGGAAAAUUAAAUCUAUCUAAUUUAGUUAUUGUAAAAUUAAAUCUGAAAUAUUAUAAAAUUUGACCAAAUAGAUGCAAAUUUAUGAGUUUAUUUAACUCUGAUGAAUAAAAUUGGAUCUAAAUGAUCUUGUCAAACAAAUAUGUGGAUCAAAAUGACCCUUCUCUCAUUAUUACAAUGUACUCAUUUAAUUUAGAUAAAUAUUGCAAUGGACAGUGAGGUACUAGACCUUGUAUUUUAGCUAUGUUGAUGCUGUGUUGUGAUUUAGAACAUGAAUAAAUAUCGCAAAAUUUCAAUUUCA